AUGGAAGAAACAUGCUUAAAUAAUCGAAUAAAUUUGAUACCACAAUCAUUAAUAAUUCAUAAAUUAUCAGGGAUAUGUAUAUUAUCUAAUGAUACUGCUAUUGUUGCUAGUACUGGUUGUGAAAUUGAAUUGACAUUAUUUAAAAAUAAUUUAAAAGAAGAUUUUGAUUUUGAAUAUUCUGAU